AAAAAAAAAAAACAGAUGCUAUGCUAAUGCUAACCUAUGUGUGUUGUACAGUGCUACAAUCGGCAACAACAAAACGAAAAUAGUCGGCAAAUAAGCAAGAAAAUGUGUUUGUGCUCUCGCUAAUAAAACAACCAAACCAAUUCCCUGUAUCACCUGCAAUAUAUAAGCCGUUAAGAGUUGCGCCCAAGGAAGGUAGUAAACCAUUAAGAGAAAAAAGAGCAAAGGAAAGGAAACGAAACGAAAGGAAAGGCAUUUGUAUUCCAGUUUGAGGAUUGGAAGGUGAUGCUCCGCUGAGCCGGGAAAUUCCAGCCAUGGAAUCGAUUGUGCUGCAUUCGGAUGUGGCGCGCUUGGUCCUGGGCUAUCUGGUCAACCAGAAUCUGAAGCGGGCGGCCCACACGCUGUGCCGCACAUCGCCGCACCUGCGCCACGAGUUCCUGGCCCUGAAACAGGGCCUGCAGACGCACAACUUCCUUAACGGCGGCCUGGAGGAGAUCAUCUGCGAGCAUGUGAAGAUCACGGGCUUGGUGGCCAGUGCCGUGCAGAAGCUGCCGUUGGAGACGCGCCUGCAGCUGCAGCAGCUGAAGCUGUCCGAACGGGUCAACGAACUGAUAGGCACCGCCGCCGAGAGGAGCAGCUGCACCAAUGACAGCAGCAACCAGGGCCCCGAGUCCAGCAUAUCGCAGUCGCAUCGCAAGAGGAGGCGCUUACGCACUCAAUCCCCAGUAAAUAGCCUGUCCUCGCCAUCAUUCAGCAAGCGUCCGCGUUUGCUGCCGCCGCACUUCUACUGCAGCAUUAACCGUGAGAAGAUCAAGCUCAGCUUUAUGGCCAGCCAGGAGAAUCAAGAGGAUCUGGGGGAGGAGGAGGAGGACGGGGAGGACGUGGAGAGCACCACGGCUACCGAUGACUUGGAGGAGGAGGAGCUGCUGCCUCCCGGGCCGCGCAACAAUUCCACGCCGCGUCAGGUUCAAGCCGAGUCCAAUCCCCUCGUGCUCACGCCGCAAAGCAUGCCCGAGCUGGCCAGCGCCAUUAUCAAGAACCAGGACUUUCAGGAGACGCUGGUUAAAAACAUAAACGUGGCACUGCAAACGGUGACUGUGACCAAUCCGGCGGUGAGUUGCGAUGCCAUGCUCGAUGGUCUGGUGAAGAACAUACUGGAGGCCACCGAGAAGGAUCCCUCGUUCGAUCGCAUCAUCCAGGAGGUGGUGAUCGGUGAUGAAGAGCCUCCAGCGGCAGAUGAGCUAGCCCUUGCCGCCGCCGUUAUUCCCCCUGCGGCGGCUGGUCAAUUGAAUCCUCCGGUGGAUGCCGUAGAACCCGUGCCGCCGCAAACGCCGCUCAUCAUUCGCACCGCCGUGGCAGCCUCCGCCACUGGCAGCAAUGCGGAUCCCAACUUCUCCAUCUCCAAGCUUAUUGUACUGAACUCCAACGAGAGUGUGCAGAAAAUGGUGGCCGGCAUUGACACCUCGAAUGUGAGCUUCACCAGCGACGGCCUGAAUCUGAACUUUGCCGAUCCGACCUCGAUGCUCAGCGAGGCGGAGGCGGCGGCUGCCGGUCAGGUGUGUGUGGACGCCACCUCCGGGCAGCUGACCUUUCCCAUGUACCUCUCCAACGGCGGCCUGCUGUCGCACCUUCCCUUCCUGGUGAACAACGAGUGGGUGGCCCAGCAACUGGGCCCGGAUGCCUUCGCCAACGUGGACGACUCGCACAUCGAGAUCUGCCUGCCGGAGCCGAUAACGCUGUCGGCCAAUCAGCUGCCGCCCAAUUCCAUAAUCAUCAACAGUGCCCAGAAGCAGCCACCGGCGCAGCCAAGCGUGCAGCCGCCCAUCCAGUUGAUAAGGGAGGGCGAAAGGGCGCAGAAGGAGGCGGCGUCCAAGGAGGCGGCGGGGGAGGAGCUGCGCAAGCUGCCGCCCGCCUCCCUGGACUCCUCGCGUCAGGUCAUGGAACGCGUGACGCCCUCCACGGCCGGAAUAAUCAAUGUAAAGGCCUUCCGUAGCUUAUCCACUCCCCGAAAGAGAACCUCGCAUGUACGAACUUUGACUUUCUCCCCCAAGGUCUCCGCCGGUGGCGUCCUGCAUCCCAAUACGCCGCUCUCCACCCGGCGACCUGGUUUGCUGGCCAAAGCCAAAGAGAAGCCCAUUAUCAACCAUGUGGAGAUCAUACAGCCAGCCGCCGCCAGCGAUCUCAGCUCGAACGAGGGCUUAGGCGGUGUGCCACCACUUUUUGCCAUGGAGGAGUGCAGCAAUCAGACGGUGAUCAGGGCCAAUCCGCCUGCUCCUGCUCCUGCUCCUGCUUCUGCUGUGCCCCUGGUGGCCACGCCCAAAAGAAAACAGAAACGUCAGGCGGCAGUCAAGGCCUGCAAGCGUAUCAUCUCCCAGGCGGAAUCGGAGUCCAAGCCGGAGCAGGAUCUGGAUAAGAAUGUGCCCCGAAACACAUCCGCCUGCAGCACAUCCUGCUCCACGCACGAUGACAGUGCGGAGGCCAGCAAGGAGAAUCUCCAGGAGCAGCAGCAGCAGAAAAUCGAUAAAAAGACAGACGGAGGAGUAGGAGGAUCCUCCUCCUCCUCCCUGGCCAAUCGGGAAACUGAGCUGAUCGAGAGCGACAUGGCCGCCUGGCAGCGCCAGUUGCAUGGCUCCAACUCGGACCUAGAGAAUCGAUUGCGCGAGAUCAACUCCAAGCGCGAGGAGGUCAAGAGCACGGGUCGCGCCAGGCGUCCCAAGAAGAAGGAAUCGACGCCCGCUACAACUGCUGCUGCACGAGCACGAAAAACCAAAGUGAUGGCCAAGAAUCAGGUGAAGAAAUCAAUGCAGCGCAGUGGCGCUGAUGCCACGGAGAAGAUCAACAUCAAGAUAGUCACACCGCAGAAACCCAAGGCGCCCAAAAAGAAAAAGGUGUUGGAACUCAAGGAGGAGGUCAUAGAGGAAACACUGCUGGAGGAGGAGGUCAUCGAGGAGACGCUGCUGGAGGAGAAGGAGAAGGAGAGGGAACAGGUCAAGGAGAAGGAACAAAAACAGGAGCCAAAUGAGCUGGAGAAGGCGAGGAAUCACGAUCGGGAGCAGAUAAAAGCCUUGGUGGCCGAGCAGGCGCCACCCAAUAUGGCCAUGUUGCUGGACACGCCCUUCAAGGCAUCUCCCAGAGCCAGUGAACCAUCCACCACCACAUCCCAGGGAGGAGAAGGAGCACCUGCUGCUGCAGCUGCUGCUGCUGUUGCGGCUGCCAUUCCACCCACUCCGGGCAUGGCCAUUCCACCGCUGGACACGCCAUAUGGCAAGCUGCCCAGCAGCAGUUUUCUCUUCGGUUCGGACACCAAAAGUAUUAUGGAUACGCCCCAGCUGAGCGCCAUUACUCCGGGAUUCCGUUUGACCCCGUUUGGCCAGAUGCCCGGCACGCCCGUGGGCAGUGCCGCCAAGACGGAUUACUCCUCGGGCAGCUCCUACUAUCGCCCCGACGAAGCGGAGCACACGGAUGCCAAUGCGCAGUGCGCAAUACAGCAGUGGGAGGAACUGCAGGAGAAGAAGCAGCCCAUAGGUGGGUUUAAGGACAAGGACAAGGAAAAGAAGAUGGAAACGGAUGAAGAGCCUACUCAGCAGGUAGAUAAACCUCUAGAGGAGGAGGAGGAGCUUCCGGAGGACCACAAGCUUACACCCAAGAGACCAGAAAUGCAGGAAGAAGAGAUGGUUGAAGAAAAGCCUGCAGAGCAAGCACCAGAGGUGGUGAAGCAACCCGUUGUGCUAUCCCUGGAGCCCACUGUCCUGCGACGCGUGCGUUCCUUUGGCAGCGAGGCGGUGGACAGCGCCGAGUCCGCUGCCGCCGGCUCCUAUCCCUCGGACCAGCAGCCGCACUACAAGCUGCUGCCCGGCCUGCCGGAGGCCAUCAUCGAGGGCUCCGGCAGUUCCAGCUCCUCCUCCGCCACCAGCUCCUCAUCCUCCUCCAGUUCUAGCUCCAGUUCCUCCAGCAGCUCCUCCUCCAGCUCCUCCUCCUCGCAGAGUUCCCACAGCGAAAAGGAGGAGGGGGAAAGCGAUCCGGAGGAGGAGGAAGCCGCCAAGGAAGCUGGCCAAGUGCUGCUCAACAUUGACCAGCUGUCCAAUAUCAGCAGCACGGAGGACGAGGAGUGGCUGAAGGCGGCCUCCGACUUGCAGGCGGAUGCCGGCCUGCCCAUGCUGACCAUUGACAGUCUGCCGGGUCAGCUGGUCAGCCAGGACGGCGAGGUGCGCUACCCCAUACGCAACUGGCUCACGCCCAGCAAGGAGCAGCAGGCGGACACCAGUGGGGAACUGCGACCACCAGCACCACCACUGCCUGUGAUUCCGCCAGCAGAUGCUGUUGACCCUCCACCACCGCCACCUCCUCGGCCAGAGGCCGCGAUCCUCCAGCAGCAGCACCAACGCGAGCAGCUGGACGAGAAGCGGCAACGCGUGAUGGCCAAGUUCAAGCAGCAAGCGAAGCCGCCGCCGGCCAGGAUGCAAAGCAAGAAGGCCACGGCCACCAGGAAGCUCACUGCCAUGCGCGAAACUGCCAAGCUGGCCAAUCCCAGCAGCCAGAAGUCGCCCAAAAAGCGGGAGCACCUGGAGUCACUGAAAACGAAGGGGGCCCGCAAGGAACUGGAAACGACGGAGCCCUCGGUCGCCAUGGAGGCACCCAAGGAUGCGCCUGCAGAUCCACCAGCCAGCAAACUGGAUCCCGCCCUGCUCAUGGCCCUCAAUCUAUCCGCCAAAAAGCAGGAGCCCUCAACGAUCGCCACCACCACCACGAGCAUUACCAAGCCCAAGGUGAGCCGUGCUGCGGUGGAGAUUGCGGCACAGCCUGCGCCGGCCAAGCGGGGACGUCCCAAGAAGCCGCAGAACGCAGAGCCGGCCAAGACCUGCAUGCGUCGAUCCUCGCGGCUAAUCGACAAUAAAACUCCUGCCCCCGAGGAGCCCUUUAAAGCCAUUGGCGACGAUCCAACGAAGGCCAGCACCAAGAAGCCGAUGAAGAAGCGAUCCGAGGCCAGGGUGCCCUCCUCCACGACCGCCAGUGCUGCGGCACUGCCCAUGGUGGCGGAGGCGGAAUCCACGCAGCGGUCUCCGGAGCAGCAACAGCGGAAAGUGGCGAUGCCGCCAGCCAAGUCACAACCACUGCCUCGCCAGGAUCCCCAUCCAGAUCCCCAUCCAGAUCCCCAUCCCCAUCCCAAUCCGGAUAGCGACUACGAGCAGGACAUGUGCUUGAGCAGCAGCCAGGAGCGUUGUACCUUCAGCUUCACCUAUGCGGACAACGGACCCAAGCCCAGCAAUCCAGCAAUGAUGGUGCGCCAGCCGGCCAGCUACUUCCAGAGCUACCAGCGGCUCAUGAUGACCGACGACGAGGAGCUGCGCACGAUGCGCAUCGCCCAGGAACAGAUGAUCAAUCUGGGCCAGCAACUGGCCAGCGUCAUUCGCAACAUACCCAAGAAGCGGAUACGCCGCCUGACCAGCAAUAGUGGAGCCACAACUGCGAUGGGAGCAAGUGCAACUGGCACGGAGGUCGCCGGAGAUCAGCCCUCGGCCACGUCCACGCCGCUGACGGGGAAGCCUCCGUCCAAGAGCGAGCCGCAAGAUGAUGAUGAUCUGGAGGUGGCUAUCAUCAACUCGUCUCCAAAAGCAGCGAGCAGCAGCAGUGGAGGUGGAAUCGGAAAGGAAGUAGACGAUGAGACCCCCGAGAAUCCUGCGCAGCAGAAGGAUCCGCUGAACCAGAACCACAGCGUGGAGAUCGAGGACAUCGAGUCGAUACUGUCGCAUCUGCACGGCACCUGAUUGCAACUCCAUUUCAGUUUUGAAUGUUAAUAAUAUGUACACCUAGAGAAUCGCACGAAGCUCGUUGGCAAUCAGGGGAGCACUCUUCUCUCAGCUUUUUAAGCUCUCCUAGUUAAGUGUAGAAAGCAGAAAUCGGAAACGAAAACGGAAACAGUUUUGAUAUGAAUUUAACCAUUUAAACCAAUUAAUUUUAGACAUGCGUAGUGUGUUACUCAUGCAAACUGCAAUCUUGCAUCGUUAUCAUUAAAGUAUUUAUUUUCGCCGUAAGUUGAGACGGAGCAGCACAACCUGCUCACACACACACAACACACACCACACACAACAUUCACAAGAAUAUCCCAGAAGAAUCGCUAAUUUAUGUUUCAUUAUUCACAUUCGUACAUAUACAAUAUCCUUAUAUAGAAAUAUAUAUAUCGCUGUACAUUGAUAGCCAAGUUGAUUUAAUUGUUAAGGCUCGUUUUUUUUUCUCUUAUGCAUUAGUAAGGCCCCGAACGAACAAAAGUUUAUGAUUUGAUUUGAUUUGAUUUGAUUUGAUUUUGUACACCAUCGG